UGUGAAUUUUAAAGUUAAAACCACGUCUCUCAUCACAAUGGAUCUCAUCGCAUCGACCUCAAUAUUAUCCCAGGAAGAGUCAUCGGAGCUUAUUUGUGCUGUGUGCUCACAGCCGGCACGUGGAAGACACUUUGGAGCAGUCGCCUGCCGGGCUUGUGCUGCAUUUUUUAGACGCGCAGACGCCGCCAAAACCACAGUAAAACCGUGUAAAAAAGGCGGAAAUUGCCAAAACUUGCUGAAUAAUAACGGAUGGUUUGACUGUAAAUUUUGUCGACUUCAGAAGUGUUAUGAAAUUGGAAUGAACUCAGCAAAUUUCCAAUUCGACAGGGACCCGAUUAGCACUAAGCUCACAAAUGUCCCAAACAGUAUGGAAGGUUUUCUGGGCCGCCCGCACUGUGUAAUUUUUGUGGACCCGGAAGUUGUCCGCUGCGAGAAGGAUCUCAUCGAUUGUACAGAUCUCUUACGGAAAGCCGGGCGGAUUUUAAAGGAGGGCUCCGAAUCACCGCUCUACACAAAAUCUAACCUACAAAAACUAGCAGAAGCUUUACAAAAAAUCGAUAUUUGCCACGAUUCAUCGCCGAGUCAACCGGUAAAGCUGGUCACCAAAUACGGGAAGGAAGAAGUUUUUUCAUUUUUUGAGCAAGAUUUUCUGAAAGCUACACGAUGGUUCACUUAUUUUGAUGAAUUUCAAGAUUUGGAUCAGGAACAGAAGCUAGAACUGAUUCAAGCUAUUUGGCACGUGUGGUCCCGUCUCUACAAGCUUUCCACGUCAGCAAUUGGAAAACGCCGGCAGAUUUGUGAGGAUAAAAUGCUAAUGAUAAGCCAUGGCUCCGAGUAUACUGUAAUGGAUCUCACGAAAAUUGAAUUUGAUUUUUCAUGGUGCACAAAAUAUACUAAUGAGCAAAUGCAACACUUCAUCGACAACACGCAAAAUAGUUUUCUGUAUAAACUGGUGGACUAUAUGAUGGACCUGAAGCCCAGUGACGUGGAACUAUCCUUCAUGAUCUGCCAGGCGUGCUUCCACUACGCGGGACAACGAUUUCAUGGAAAAAUGCUGGAAAUUUGUGAAAAUUUUCAGCAAAAAUUGGCCGAUGAGCUUCACGAAUUUUAUGUGGACGAGUGGAGAAUGCCCAAUUACUCUGGGAGGUUGUCACAGCUAUUAAGGAUUAAUAAUCGCAUUCGGGAAGACAUCUGGAAAUGCCGUAAAAAACAAGAAAUUGCCGAGAUUUUCGACGUCUACAGUAUCCAAUAUUCCCAUCCGGACAUUUUUAAGGAUAUCUGAAAAUUUUUGUUUUUUUUUUAAUCUUAAAAAAAUCAAAAAAUUCUUGCAAUAAAGUUUAUUUUUGGG